AUGGCGCGCAAGUUCUUUGUCGGCGGCAACUUUAAGAUGAAUGGGACCAAGGAGUCCAUCAAGGCCAUCGUGAAGAACCUGAACGAGGCCCAAUUGGACCCCAAUGUUGAGGUUGUGAUUGCUCCUCCCGCCCUCUAUCUCCAGCUGGCCGUCGACAGCCUCACUAAGGAGGGCGUUGCCGUGUCGGCGCAGAAUGUCUACGACAAACCUAACGGGGCAUUUACCGGCGAGAUUAGCGUGUCGCAGCUCAAGGACAGCGGCGUCCACUGGACCAUCCUGGGCCACUCCGAGCGGCGCACGCUGCUGGGCGAGUCGGACGAGUUCGUCGCCUCCAAGUCCAAGUAUGCCAUUGACAACGGCAUCAGCGUCAUCUGGUGCUGCGGCGAGUCCCUGCAGGAGCGCGAAGCUGGCCAGACCAUCGCUGUCAUUGAGAAGCAACUGGCUGCUCUUGCUGCUAAGCUGACUCCUGAGGACUGGAAGAGCGUCGUCAUUGCCUACGAGCCCAUCUGGGCCAUUGGCACUGGUAAGGUCGCCACCGUCGAGCAAGCCCAGGAGGUCCACGAGGCCAUCCGCAAGUGGCUUGCUGCCAAUGUUAACCAGACCGUCGCCGACGAGACCCGCAUCCUCUACGGUGGCAGUGUCAACGCCAAGAACUGCAAGGACCUGGCCAAGCAGCAGGACAUUGAUGGCUUCCUGGUUGGCGGCGCUAGCUUGAAGCCCGAGUUUGUCGACAUCAUCAACUCCAACCAGUGA